AUGGUGGGAACAGGCUCAAAGUCAAAGCCUGUCAGGCGCCUUAAGACAGGCACCGAAACUACAAAGAACCACCGAUUCGAGGGCUUCUCAUCACGCAUCUCGAAGCUCAAAAUCGACCCGAUCCACCGCGUGCGCCGAGCCAGCUUUGGCGAAGAUGAAGUCGAGACAUCCUCAUAUUUCCGGUCGGCGCUCGACCACUGGUUCGAGAUGAACCUCUCGGACAAUUUCACAACUUUCGUUCGGCGAGUCAACCCUCUGUCCGAGAGCUUUGCGCAAGUUGUCUACCACGAAGGAAAGAUUAUGGGACUCUUGGUUGAAUUCAUCGAGAAGAGAGAUCAUCUUUGCAUGGAGCCGUUAUUAAGCUUGCUCGCACAAUUUGCUCGGGACCUGGGUGUGAAGUUCGAGAAACACUUCUCUACGGCAGUGACGCUGGUGUCAUCCGUCGCGGCUACACACCCCGACAUUGAGGUAGUUGAAUGGAGUUUCACAUGUCUGGCAUGGAUUUUCAAAUUCCUUUCUCGAUUAUUGGUACCGGACCUGCGCCAAUUGCUGGGUAUUAUGACCCCAUACCUUGGCAAAGAGCGACAGAAGCCAUUCGUGGCGAGAUUCGCCGCUGAAUCUAUGUCCUUCCUUAUCCGGAAGGCUGGCCUCACCUACUACAAGAAUCAAGCACCACUUGAGAUUGCCGUAUCAUACCUCUUCGACGACAUUUCGAAAACCGCCGAUGAUAACAAAGACACCGAGGGCUACAGGGGAGGACUCAUGAAUAUGUACUCCGAUGCUAUCAGAGGAGUCAAUAACGGUCUUCACUCCAACGGCAUGGAUAUCCUUCACUGUAUUUUGCGCCAGAUCCCGCCCACCAGUGAAAACCGCAACGAUCCCGCGGAAGUUGUUUGUGGCUUGAUUGUCAGUCUUGUCCACGCCACGACCCCCGAAACCUUCGGCCCAAUCCUCGAUACCGUCCAGGCCUAUAUCGACGAGCGCUCAAAAUCCACCCCCAACCCUAAUCUUUCGGAGUGCUGCCGUAUAAUUUUCUUGCUUGUGACGACUCGCAAAGGUGUCAGAAUCCAGAAUUGGAAGAUAAUCCAUCAGAUUCACAUCUCUUUGCUUAAGCAGGUUUCGGCCACCGAGGUUUCAUCAGAAACGAUGACCACCCUGUUGGCAAGCGUUGCAUAUGCCUUUCAACAAUCACCAAUGGAUGAGCUGCUACCAUCGCUCCGCACCAUCGUGGACCUGGUGUCCACUGGCCCACUCUCAAAAUACUUCUUGUUCUUUUGUACCACCUUUGCUGAGUGGGGAUCAGAGCGGUUCCAGAGCCUGCUUCUUUCCCCCUUCCAGAAGUUCAUUAACUCGUCUUGGCAAAAGUCAGAAUCAGAGACUUGCUACACCCUGCUGCGUCUACACCAGGCCGGCUGUAUCACCCCUGAACAAUCACAGCCUGGCUUCAUCUCCUGCCCAGAUACCUUCAAGGCUCGUAUCAAUGAUUCAUUGAAGUAUCCGGCAAAAGAUGAGGCGUUUUUGAAUGCACUCAUGAAGCUCCCCACAGCCAUCUCCAUGUUUGCCGACAACGCUACGAUGUCAAAGAUGGUUUCAAAAUUGCACAGCAAUCUCGUGCUGGCCUUUAAGGAUGGAGCUGCCGAAGGAACAAAACAGACCAAUGGCCUCAGGUUCUUCCUCGGACAGGGAUUUAAGACUUACGUUGAACUCGCCAACAAGGUUGAUAAGCUCGACACAAAUCUCUUGGAACCCAUAAUCGCCACUGCCACAAAAUUCUCCCGUCUGCCGGUCUUCUUGGAGGGCACCCUCGUCUUCAUCACAUCACUCCCAGAAUCUGCGGAACUGCAACACCCUGCACUAGAAGCCUUUGCGCAGGAUCUAAUUGUGAACCUCGCCAGCCCAUCACACAGGCUCAGACUGGUCUCUCUUCAACUACUGCGAGAAUUGGUCAUUCGAACCGCCAAAGAAGAUCCUACGCCCGUGGAUCUUUCUAUCGAAAUCGAACAAAGUCCGCUUACGAUGGACAGCGUGCGAACUAUCUCCAUGCAUAUUCGAAAACUCGCCCUCAUCUAUCCCCAGAUUGCCCACCGUAGAUGGAUUGCCAAUCUUGUUCCUUACUUUUGCUUUGGAUUGUUUUCAAAGAAACUGGCUCCUCUGUGGGACGACUCUGCUGCCACGCUGAAGGCUAUCAGUGAGCACCCAGAGGGUGAAAGGAUUGUGUCCAACCUGUCUAUUCAGUGGCUGCAAGAGCGGGACUCCGAGGCGCUAAGUGAUUCUCCGGCGGAUGAUGAAACUUCAUUUGUCAACAGCCAUUUCCAGUGUCACAACGUCGUGAAGGUCGAAAAGGCUGUCGCUGCAAAUGCCAAGAGCACAGAUGACCCCCAGGCCGUCCUGUCUGAACAAUUCAAUGAAGACCAUACCGUCGCAGAGAUUCUUCCCGCCACACCGCGGACCCAUGCGCUGCGCGUGUUGAACGCUGCUCCUGCAGUCGCCGAAAAGCGUUCGCGUCAAAUUGUACCGCUAUUCCUCUCAUGGGCUUUGCGUGAUGACCAAGAUGACGCCCCUCCAUCUGGAGAGGCCAAGGGCGAGGACGACGAUGAGGAUGAAGCUGAAGAUAUUGACAUGAGUGAUGCGCAGGUCCGCUGGGGUUUCCGAGACAGAUUGUCCAUGCUUGCCCUGUUCGCUCGUUUCCUCAACCCCAUUGUCCUAUACAAGGCUCCGGAGGUCCACACAGCAAUUUUGGGACUUCUGUGCCACGGUAACUCUGAUUUGCAGCGUCAUGCCCUCAAGGUCCUGUUUACUUGGAAAGAUCCCAAUGUUCUUCCGUACCAGGAGAACUUGCUCAAUCUUCUGGAUGAAUCUCGCUUCAAGGAUGAGCUCGGUGUGUUUGUUCACGUCGGCGGUGAAGAUAGCCUGAUUAAGAACGAGCAUCGGGAUGUUCUCCUCCCAGUCCUUCUUCGACUGUUGUAUGGUCGAAUGAUUUCCAAGGCUGGCUCAGCUGCUGCCGGCCAAGCUGGCAGACGCAAGACCAUUCUUCGAACUGUUUCGCACCUCUCAGAGCAAGACUUUGGACUCUUUAUCCAGCUUGCAUUUGGCUCUCUUGGAAGUGUGCACCCUGUCAAGGAAAACAACGAUCUCGAUUACACCGCCUUUGAUCAAGAUCUGUCCAGCCCUAAGAGACAACUGGGUCUGCUCAAGCUCAUUGACUCUGUCUUUGAGUCCCUGCAAACCCGCAUGGCCAAAUUUGCACCGCAAACCAUGGACGUUGUCAUCUACUGUCUGGUACGAGCAUGUCGCGCCAUUUCCAGCGAGGGAACAGACGAACGCUUCUUGGCUGUAUUCCAAAGCAUUCGUCAGACAUGUAUCCGCUGCCUCAACCUGGUCUUCUCGAUUGUUUCUGACCGAGACUGGACACCUUACGUCCGCAUCAUUUUCAAGGAGAUGAUCGAUGGCAGACUGGAUCAGUUCCCUAUCGAGACAGCUCAGGGUGUUUCUGGUCUUCUGCGUAUGUUCCAUACCUGGGCUUCCUUCCCUAGGUCUACAUUCUACUUGGUGCAGCACAAUGACAAGGUAUUGACCAAGGUCAUUGACUGUCUUGCGGUGGAGUCAGCUCGCGACGAGGUCAAAAACUUUGUCCUGGAUGAAAUCCUUGUGCCCUUGGUAGAACACUCUACUGGCAAGAAGCUGCAAGACACCGAAGAAAUGCCGGACUUCCCUCCCGAGCAGAUCAAGUCUGAGGUUCUCUCUCCCUAUUUGGAGCAUGCUCUGUUCCAUCUCGGUCGCUUGCUUAGAAGAGGCCCUUCGAAGCCCGUUCUCUACUCGGGUGUCAAUGCUCUCUCUUUGAUCGCCCCCUGCGUCGAAACUUCCAAGGAGACUGCCGGUCUCAUCAAUAUCACUACAUAUCUGCUUCGCCAGCCACCAGACCGUGUCAGUCCCAGAACCAAGUCUGGUUUGCUGAAGAUUCUGGAACAUUUCCUCCCCCUAUGGGAUCCCAAGGAAGAUGCCGAGCUCGCUCAGCAAGUUUUCGACGCUGUUUGCUCUAUGUUCGAUUACUUCAAGGACGACGUGAACAGAGAGGUAUUGUCCAGAGUGUUCACUGCUCUUGCUACUCAUGACGAGCAGCUCAAGGAGGUGGCAGUGCUGUGUGAAGACUUGAACUCUCGCUCAGUGAAGAAACUAGAACCCGACUACGAGAGACGUCUGGUUGCAUUCAGAAAGAUCAACGACGAGCUUUCUGAAACCUUGACUGCCAAACAAUGGCGACCCCUUCUCUACAAUAUGCUUUUCCAUGUCAGAGAUGAAGAGGAGCUCUCUGUCCGAUCCAGCGCUUCAUUCGGUUUGAAGCGAUUCAUUGACAGGACGUCCACCGGACCAGAUGCUGAGUUUGAGGCUCUCAUCAACGACGUUCUGUUCCCAUCUUUGCAUUUCGGUAUUCGUCAAAAGUCCGAACUGAUUCGCUCUGAGGUCGUUACUGUUAUUGGCUACUUCGUCAAAAUGAACCCUACCAGACCCUCUGUGCAAGAUAUGCACGUCCUCCUUGUCGGAGACGAUGAAGAAGCCUCGUUCUUCAACAACAUUCUCCACAUCCAGCAGCAUCGUCGACAGCGUGCUUUGCGUCGUCUGGCUGGAGAUGCCGCUCAAGGCAACAUCCAAGCCUCCAACCUUGGUUCCAUCUUCAUUCCUUUGAUUGAACAUUUCGUCUUCGAGGAUGCCGCUGAUGAGAAUGCCCACAAUUUGAUUGCUGAAGGUGUUGCAACCCUCGGUGCUCUCUCAGAGUGGUUAGAAUGGGGACAGUUCCGAGCAAACUUCCGCAGAUACCGCAGCUACAUGGCCAGCAAGCCUGAGAAGGAGAAGAACAUCCUCAGACUGCUCGGUCGAAUGUCAGAUGCUCUUUUCAGUGCAAUGAAGCGAAAGAAGGCUACUGCGGCCCAGGACAGUGGUGAAGAUGCCGAGGAGGACAAGAUGGACGUCAUUGAACAGCCUAUGUGCACGCUCGCCAAAUCCGUUCCAUCGCUUGCAAAGGUUUCAACGGAGCUGACCACGAACUUCAUUCCUUUCCUCACAAAAUACAUUCACCACAAGCAGGAGAAGGAAAUGAGUCUGCGUCUGCCUGCUUCGGUCACCACUGUCAAGCUUCUCAUGAUCCUUCCAGAGGAGGAGCUGGCCAUUCGUCUGCCACCCGUCUUGCUGGAUGUCUGUACUACCCUCAAGAGUAAAGCACAGGAUUCCCGCGACACGGCGCGGAAGACACUCAACGAUAUCGCUCUUCUUCUGGGUCCCGUUUACUUUGGCUACAUCCUUAAGGAACUCCGAAACGUCCUCGCGCGAGGAUAUCAGCUUCACGUUCUCUCCUUCACUGUUCACUCAAUGCUAGUCUUUACCACAGACACUUUCAAGCAAGGAGAUUUGGAUUAUUGCCUGAAGGAUCUGGUCGCUGUUGUGAUGGAUGACACAUUCGGCACAGUUGGUCAAGAAAAGGACGCCGAAGGCUACACCAGCAAAAUGGUUGAAGUGAAGAGCAGCAAGAGUUACGAUUCUAUGGAACUCCUUGCAAAGAUCUCAACCAUCAGCCAAUUGUCAAAUCUGAUCAAGCCUCUGCAGGCACUCCUUGGGGAGAAGCUGAACUCGAGCCUCGUCAAGAAACUCGAUGAACUGAUGCGAAGAAUCGGCAUUGGUCUGUUGAGAAACCCAGAUGCUGAAAGCCGGGAUCUGCUGGUGUUCUGUUACGAAGUUAUCAAGGAGUCUUACCGUGAAAAUGCUCCAGAAGAGACUCAAGCUGCCCCCAAGUCCCGAUCCGAGGAGCGAUUCCUGGUCAGAUUGCAAGGAGCUAAGCGGGGUGAUCACAGGGGUACUACAUCCUCACACGUUUACAAGCUCACCCGUUUCUCGCUGGAUGUCCUUCGUGCGAUUCUCAACAAGUUCAACUCCCUGCUUACAGCUUCCAACCUGGCUGGGUUCAUCCCCAUCAUCGGCGAUUCGCUUGUCCAGGCCCAGGAGGAAGUCAAGGUUUCUGCGCUUCGUCUCCUAUCUACAAUUAUCAAACUGCCACUCAAGGAGAUUGAUGAAAACUCGCAUGUUUACUUCACCGAAGCAGUCAAGCUUGUUAAGGAAUCUCCCAGCACCAACUCAGAAGCGGCGCAAGCUUCACUGAAACUGAUUUCUUCCAUGUUGCGCGAGCGCAAGGAUACCAAGCUUCGUGACGGUCACCUUGCCUACUUGCUUAAGCGUCUCGCCUCCGAUGUCGAAGAGCCAGAUCGCCAAGGUGUAACCUUCAACUUCAUCCGAGCAGUCAUGUCACGCAAACUUGUUGUGCCAGAGAUGUAUGAGCUGAUGGAUCAAAUCGCAACCAUGAUGGUUACCAACCAGACCCGGUCUGCCCGUGAUCUUGCCCGGGGCACCUAUGUUCACUUCCUCGUCGAGUACCCACAGGCGAAGAGCCGAUGGGCCAAGCAACUUGCGUUCUUUUCCAAGAACCUGGACUACAAACACCAGUCCGGACGACAGUGCGUUAUGGAGGCAAUGCAUACACUCCUAUCAAAGACUGGCCAGGAGUUGGCCCAGGACAUUAUCAGCAAUUUCUUCCUGCCCAUCGUCCUUGCCAUGGCCAAUGAUGAAUCGCCGGAAUGCCGCGAGUUGGCGGGUACAUUGCUAGGAGAAUUCUUCAACCGUGCUGAUCGAGAGCAGACAAAGACCAUGCUGGGUCCGCUGCGCGCAUGGUUGGAGCAGACCGAUAACAUGGCUUUGUGCAGCAUUGGACUGCAAGCUAUGCGCAUCUACUUCGAGUCCGAGCAGAAUGAGAAAGAGAAGCAGGCUCGCUUUGUCGUCGAGAUUCUUCCGGAUCUGAUGCAGCCUGUCCUGGAUGAUACGGAGAACGGCAACUGGGAAGCUCUCUACUUUGCCUUGCAGCUCUUCACAAAGCUUUGCAAGACACUGCCUACGCUUGCUUUGAGUCCCGAAUGCUCCUCGAUCUGGUCUUCUGUCCAGGAGUCCUUGUUCUUCCCUCACACUUGGGUGAAGACCUGCGCCGCCAACGUUGUUGGCUUGUGGAUGGCUGAUUUGGCCAAGACCAAUGCAACCACCGGAUAUGCUUCCAUCCCUCUGGUAGGAAGCUCUGGUCUGUCUAUGGAUCAACCUACCAUCCUUCGACUUCUUCGUGCUGGUCUCCGCAGUCUGCGCACCCCUGGUAUCACCGAAGAAUUGGCUAUGCAGAGCGUGCGCAACACCGUCUUCCUUGGUCGCUGCUGCUCUCAAAAUGGCCUGGAGCUGCCCAAGCUGGAUAGCGAGGACGUCGAAUCCGAAGAUGAGGAUGCUGAGAGUGAUGCUGAGGAAGAGGCCCCAGAGGCGAUCAAGGUGGAGACCAACAGAUCUGCCAUUCACUACAUCUUCAAGCAGAUUUCUUCUCUUCUGCGUCGGGAGACAAUCGGAGGACGAGCACAGGCCCUUAUCCCCAAAACAUCAUCCAUCACGCUUCUUGCUGCCUUGAUCCGUCACGUCGAUGUUGAUCAAAUUCGCCCCUCUCUCCGUGUCAUCUUGAUUCCCCUGCAGCACUUGACCGACCCGUCCAUCCCGGCGCCUCGCUCGUCGGAUGAGACAUUCCAAAACACGUACAAGUCUCUUGUGUCCAACUGCCACGAGGUUUUGGAUCUUCUCCAGAAGAAGCUUGGCCCCUCUGAGUACAUUGAGCAUAUCUCCAGAGUCCAGGCUGCUAUCAAGGAACGCCGUGAAGGACGACGUGCCAAGCGCCGCAUUGAUGCCGUUGCUGAUCCCGAGAAGUACGGACGUGAGAAGAUGAAGAAGAACGAGCGCAAGAGAGACAAGCGCCGUGAGAAGGGCUUGGAGCACCGUGGAAAGAGACGUGGUUGGUAG